CGGCUCUGUUGCUCGGCGGCGUCCUGAAUUUCUGCCAUGAUCUGACUGGGUGGCUUACCAUGGCCCAGCGGGCGGUGUGGCUCAUACGCCACGAACCAGGAACUUCGUUUGGUGGCACCGUCAGAUUCUCCAGACGAUACCCUACUGUUGAAAAGCGAGCCAAAGUCUUCAAUGGAUCGAGUUACGUGCCUGUUCCUGAAGAUGGUCCCUUCCUUAAAGCACUACUCUCUGAACUUAGAUUAUUGGGUGAUGAUAAGGACUUCGUAGAGAGUCGUGAUAGUUGUUCACACAUCAAUAAAACAUCUGUCUACGGGCUAUUAGUAGGAGGUGAAGAACUCUGGCCAGUUGUUGCUUUUCUGAGGAACGACAUGAUACAUGCUAGUGUUCCACUAGUUGAACAAACUCUCUCCCCUCGUCCACCACUAAUUAGCAUUAGUGGAAUUUCACAAGGCUUGGAACUUCUUUUUGGGAUACAGGAUUUUCUUUACUCAGGUCAAAAAAAUGACACUGAGCUAAAUGCAAAACUGAGUCAGUUGCCUGAUUUACUUCUGCAGGCUUGUCCACUUGGUACUUUACUGGAUGCUAACCUGCAGAAUUCACUGGAUAGUAUUAAUUUUGCUUCAGUGACUCAGCCACAAAAACAGCCAGCCUGGAAAGUCGGAACAUACAAAGGAAAACCACAGAUUUCUAUUUCUAUCACUGAGAAGGUAAAAUCCAUGCAAUAUGGUAAACAGGAUAUAGCAGAUACAUGGCAGGUUGUUGGAACAGUCACUUGUAAGUGUGACUUAGAAGGAAUCAUGCCAAAUGUUACCAUCAGCUUGAAUCUCCCCACAAAUGGAUCUCCACUUCAAGAUAUUCUCGUUCAUCCUUGUGUGACUUCUCUUGAUUCUGCCAUUCUGACUUCUAGUAGCAUUGACACAGUGGAUGAUUCUGCAUUUAGUGGGCCUUACAAAUUCCCAUUCACUCCACCUUUAGAGUCAUUCAACCUAUGCUACUACACAUCCCAGGUCCCUGUCCCUCCAAUACUGGGUUUUUAUCAAAUGAAAGAAGAAGAAGUACAACUAAAAAUAACAGUCAAUUUAAAACUUCAUGAAAGUGUGAAAAAUAAUUUUGAAUUCUGUGAAGCUCAUAUACCCUUUUAUAAUAGAGGUCCAAUUACCCAUUUGGAAUACAAAGUUAGUUUUGGCCAACUUGAGGUAUUUCGAGAGAAAAGUCUAUUGGUCUGGAUUAUUGGACAGAAAUUCCCCAAAUCAAUGGAAAUCAGUUUUUCUGGAACUAUAACUUUUGGAGCCAAGGGCCAUAAUAAACAGCCAUUUGAUCACAUUUGUAUUGGAAAUACAGCAUAUGUAAAGCUUCAUUUUAGGAUCUCAGAUUACACACUCACUGGAUGUUACGCGGAUCAGCAUUCAGUUCAAGUAUUUGCAUCAGGAAAACCAAAAAUAAGUGCACAGCCUGCAGUGGCCAGAAAAAAGCAUCUGAUCCCCAAGCACUGGAGUUACAGACAGUUCUUAGCCACAUACCGGAAACUAAUUUCUUCUGAUUAUUACAUCUGGAAUUCUAAAGCCCCUGCUCCAGUAACAUUUGCAUCAUUGUUAUCAUGAUCUUCUCAUGUUUUGAUGGGAUUUGUAUAUGGUGACAUACCUUUGAAUCAUUUUUAUCUCUAAGUAUAUUCAUAUGAACUGUGAUGGAAAAAAAAAAAACAUUGUGUGGUUUAUUUAUAAAAAUACCUGUAUUCAGUGUUUUAUUUUAAA